ACCCAAGAGUCGCUGGAAGCUUAAGAUGGCGACGGCGGCCGCAGCAUCGGCUUCAGAAGCGGAGGCUGAGUCCAAGGCCGGGCCCCAGGCCGAGGGAGAGGAAGAUGAGGCUAAGGCGGCUAGGACCAGGAGGAAAGUAUUAUCGCGGGCUGUGGCCGCUGCAACGUACAAGACCAUGGGGCCAGGGUGGGACCAGCAGGAGGAAGGCGUGAGUGAGAGCGAUGGAGAUGAGGAGUACGCCAUGGCUUCCUCGGCGGAGAGCUCCCCCGGGGAGUACGAAUGGGAGUACGACGAAGAGGAGGAGAAGAACCAGCUGGAGAUAGAGCGGCUGGAGGAGCAGCUGUCCAUCAACGUCUACGACUACAACUGCCACGUGGACCUGAUCCGGCUGCUCCGGCUGGAGGGGGAGCUUGCCAAGGUGCGGACGGCCCGCCAGAAGAUGAGCGAGAUCUUCCCCCUGACCGAAGAGCUCUGGCUGGAGUGGCUGCAGGACGAGGUCAGCAUGGCCCUGGACGGCCUGGACAGGGAGCGCGUGUACGACCUCUUCGAGCGAGCGGUGCAGGACUACAUCUGUCCUAACAUUUGGCUGGAGUACGGCCAGUACUCAGUCGGCGGGAUCGGUCAGAAAGGCGGCCUUGAGAAAGUCCGCUCUGUGUUUGAAAGGGCUCUCUCGUCCGUCGGAUUGCACAUGACCAAAGGGCUCGCCAUCUGGGAGGCUUACCGGGAGUUCGAAAGCGCCAUCGUGGAAGCCGCCCGGCCCAUAGCUGGCUUCCUUUCCCCUUUUGACCGGGAACAAACCUUUGAUUCACAGCUGGAGAAAGUGCACAGUCUUUUCCGGCGACAGCUGGCGAUCCCACUCUACGAUAUGGAGGCAACGUUUGCAGAGUAUGAAGAAUGGUCGGAAGACCCAAUACCAGAGUCAGUAAUUCAGAGCUAUAACAAAGCACUGCAGCAGCUGGAGAAAUACAAGCCCUACGAGGAAGCGCUGCUGCAAGCAGAAGCGCCCAGGCUGGCCGAGUAUCAAGCAUACAUCGACUUUGAGAUGAAAGUAGGCGAUCCCGCCCGUAUUCAGCUCAUCUUCGAGCGCGCGCUGGUGGAGAACUGCCUCGUCCCAGACUUGUGGACCCGCUACAGUCAGUACCUAGAUCGGCAGCUGAAAGUGAAGGAUUUGGUUUUAUCUGUGCACAGUCGCGCUGUUAGAAACUGCCCCUGGACAGUUGCCCUGUGGAGUCGGUACCUGUUGGCCAUGGAAAGACACGGAGUUGAUCAUCGAGUGAUUUCAGUGACCUUCGAGAAAGCUCUGAGUGCUGGCUUCAUUCAAGCCACUGAUUAUGUGGAGAUCUGGCAGGCGUACCUUGAUUACCUGAGGAGAAGGGUUGAUUUCAAACAAGACUCCAGUAAAGAGCUGGAAGAGCUGCGGGCCGCGUUCGCCCGCGCUCUGGAGUACCUGAAACAGGAGGUGGACGAGCGUUUCAACGAGAGCGGGGAUCCAAGCUGCCUGAUUAUGCAGAACUGGGCUCGGAUUGAGGCUCGACUGUGCAACAACAUGCAGAAAGCCCGGGAGCUCUGGGACAGCAUCAUGACCAAAGGGAACGCCAAGUACGCCAACAUGUGGCUCGAGUACUACAACCUGGAAAGGGCCCACGGUGACACCCAGCACUGCAGGAAGGCUCUGCACAGGGCCGUCCAGUGCACCAGUGACUACCCAGAGCACGUCUGUGAGGUGUUGCUCACCAUGGAGAGGACAGAAGGUACGUUAGAAGACUGGGACGUAGCUGUUCAGAAAACGGAAACUCGGUUAGCUCGUGUUAAUGAGCAGAGACUUAAGGCUGCGGAGAAGGAAGCAGCCCUCGUCCAGCAAGAAGAAGAAAAGGCUGAACAGCGGAAGAGGGCUCGGGCCGAGAAGAAAUCUCUGAGAAAGAAGAAAAAGACCAGAGGCGCGGACAAGCAUGAAGUGGACGAGGAUGACGAGAAAGAGUGGGGAGACGAUGAGGAAGAGCAGCCUUCCAAGCGCAGGAGGGUGGAGAACAGCGUCCCUCCUGCCGCCGGGAAAGUCGGACUUGACCUGGAAGAAGACACGGGCCCUGUGGACGUGGAGCCCCCCUCCAAGCAGAAGGCGCGGGCGGCCGCCCCAAAGAGGGACAUGCCCAAGGUGCUUCAUGACAGCAGCAAGGACGGGGUCACCGUCUUCGUCAGCAACCUGCCCUACAGCCUGGGGGCGCCAGAAGCUGCGCUCCGGCCGCUCUUCGAGGCCUGCGGGGACGUGGUCGAGAUCCGCCCCAUCUUCAGCAACCGUGGCGAUUUCCGGGGCUACUGCUACGUGGAGUUCAAAGAAGAGGCGGCGGCCCUGCGGGCACUGGAGCUGGACCGCAAGAGUGUGGAGGGGAGGCCGAUGUUUGUCUCCCCCUGCGUGGACAAGAGCAAGCACCCCGACUUCAAGGUGUUCAGGUACAGCACCGCCCUGGAGAAGCACAAGCUGUUUGUCUCGGGCCUGCCGUUCUCCUGCACGAAAGAGGAGCUCGAGGAGAUCUGUAAGGCUCACGGCACUGUGAAGGACAUCCGGCUGGUGACCAACCGGGCCGGCAAGCCCAAGGGCCUGGCCUACGUGGAGUACGAAAACGAAUCCCAGGCGUCGCAGGCCGUCAUGAAGAUGGACGGCAUGACCAUCAAAGAGAACGUCAUCAAAGUGGCCAUCAGCAAUCCUCCUCAGAGGAGAGUUCCGGAGAAGCCAGAGGCUAGGAAAGCCCCAGGGGGCCCCCUGGUGCCGCGGCAGAUAUACGGAGCGCGGGGGAAGGGGAGGACCCAGCUCUCUCUGCUGCCUCGUGCCCUGCAACUCCCCAGCGCCGCGGGGACCCAGGCCGAGAACGGCCCCGCCCCGCCGCCAGCUGGUGUCACCCCAGCGGCUGAGGCACCCAAGAUGUCGAAUGCCGAUUUCGCCAAGUUGCUCCUGAGAAAGUGAGUGGGACUGAGAGGAGGGAAAUGCCUUACUUCAUGCUGGCCAGGAGGACGCCCGGCUGUGCCCUGGGUGUGCGGGGCCCAGUGCUGCCCACUCCCACACCCUUCCUUUGGUUUAGGUGGGAUGGGAGAGGGUGUCCAAGGAGAGAGGCUUUAGUGCUCCCUCACAUUGAGGGCUAGAGGACGUAGCGGUCACCCACAGGCUGGGCACAGGGUCUAGUCUGCCGAGAUCUUUUUGUGUUUCAAGAGUGAGAAGCAGAAGUGAAACUCGAACACACAGUUUUGAGACCCACUUGUCCAAAUAUUUUCGGCCAACUCUGGUCCCUUUUUAUAAGACACUCUCUUACACCUGGCACAGCACAUGUGCCCAUCACUCUUUUAAUUUUUAGAAGACAAAAUGGCAGAUGCUAGUAACUCACCAGAAUGGCCUAUUUUAGUAAAGGGGUGGGGAGAGGGGACGUCACAUGAAGAACAUCUGAUGGAUUUUUGUUCCAGGGGGCUGUGCGUUUUUCUAUUACAUAUUUGUAAACGACACGUCAACCCCAUUGUUUUGUUUCCUAAAAGCCGAAUAUUUGUGACAUUUGUUUUGUGUAGGAGUUCUGUGCGCCGUCCGCUACGGACCACUUUCUUUGCCUAGUGAUUAGUGACCUGUGUUCUUUGUCUAAGUAUUGAGUUUCAGCCCUUUGGUUUUGUUUAAAUACCAUGUCAAGUGCAAACUUAAAUUCUCCCCAUCUAGCUUUGUUUAUUAAACUGAAGUUCUCUUAAAAACUC